UCACACAUCUCACUCAUCAAACCACACAGUUUCACUCAAAAGGCAUACAAAUACAAUACUCCUCCUCCUCCCAGCUUGAAUCAAAGAAACACAGAGCUCAAAGAGAAUGAGUUCCGCAAGCAAAGCAUGGUUAGUAGCUGCAAGCGUAGGGGCCGUUGAGGCACUCAAGGAUCAAGGCUUCUGCAGAUGGAAUUACACAAUGAGAUCACUUCAUCAUCACGUCAAGAACAAUCUCAAGUCCUCUGCUUCCUCUUUUGCUCAUCAAACCAAGAAGCAGCUGAGCAGUAAUAUUAGGGAUCAGAGUGACAAGGCUAAACAAUCCGAAGAAUCUCUGAGAAAAGUCAUGUACUUGAGUUGUUGGGGUCCCAAUUGACCCCCAAGAUUCCAUUCGGUUUCGUAAUAUGUAUUUUGGUAGAGCAUCUUGUAGAUAACUUUGUAGUGUCAACAUGACACAGAGAUUAUAUGGAUUGUAAUUUUAAUAGAAUUGAGUUCUGGGAAACCUUAUACUCAUGUUGUAUUCUUAAAUUCAAUUUUUUACAUCACAUAAUUCAAAACUACUUAGAUCA